AUGGACUAUCAAAAUCGUGUUGGAUCGAAAAAGGGAAGCGGAGGGGUUGCUGGAGAUGCAGAGACGAACCAAUACAGACGAGAAAGACUUCGAAAGCUUCUUCUUUCGAAGAUCGAUAUCGAUUCGGACCCGUAUGUGGUUAAGAACAGAGCUGGAGUGUUGGAAUGCCGACUUUGCCUAACAACACAUUUUUCGGAAGCCUCAUACGUUACACAUACUCAUGGUAAGCGCCACCAGUUAAGUCUCAUGCGUAGGGCCGAUAAAAAAAAGGAACAGGCGACAGGAGAACAGACAGUAACUGGAAUAUCGGACAUCCCCAAGAAGAAGUUCGUCAAAAUCGGUCGCCCUGCAUAUAAAAUUACUAAGAUUCGUGACCCUGUGACUGCACAGAAGGGGCUUGUAUUCCGCCUACAAUUUCCUAAGAUCAAACUGGAUGUGAAGCCCAGAUACAGACUAAUGUCUUCGUUUGAACAGAGCGUGGAGAAACCUGAUUCCAAGUACCAGUAUCUUAUAGUGGGUGGAGAACCGUACGAGAAUGUGGCGUUCAAGAUCUCGAGCGACUCUAUUGACUUGCGAGAAGGCCGAACGUGGGAUUUCUGGGAUCGAGAUAUAAAGGAAUACUAUAUCCAGCUUUUUUACAUGUAA